AUGUUACAUGGGCAUGAACGUUCCAUCACUCAGAUCAAAUACAAUAGGGAUGGUGACUUGCUGUUUUCCUCUGCAAAAGACACAAAACCAAAUGUCUGGUACUCAUUAAAUGGUGAAAGACUUGGCACGUACAAUGGUCAUGGUGGUGCUGUUUGGUGCAUUGAUGUUGAUUGUAUCCUUGGAAACUACAUUAAUGAACAUUUUCAAUAAUGAGGAAAUUUUAAUUGUGCUCCCUUUUGGAAAUACAAGCUGUCCUUGAGUACUUUCCUAUUCCUAUGGGUAGGGGUUUAUGUCUGCGUUCAUGAACUUGAAGAAGUUCUCAGAUGCUUAUUUCCACUGACUACUUGCACAAACUGAGUAGAAGCAGGAAAAAAAUGUGUAUGUCAAGAUCCUCACCAUUGAGAAUAUAGGAAUUGUCAUUCUUGGGUUUUGCAUCCACACUUAAGGGUAGAUUUUGAGAGUGUCGCAUAUUUCAGUGAAGCGCUUGUGGCUAUAUUAUGAUAUACAUGUGCUUUCAAUAAGAUUUGAAGUAGGUGGCUACCUUGGUAAAGCACCCACCAGAGAAUAAUGUGAAAAACAAUUUUCUCCCAUUAGCCCAUUAGUUUCAUUCAGUAGAGAAUGGCUCCAAACAGUGUUUUCUGUGUUGAUCUUUGGUAAGUGAUCAUUAAAUGAUUAGUCUCCUUUGUAAUAAUUGUUCAACUGAUUGUUUAUUUCUAAUCAAGAUUCUUAUUUGCUGACAUGCCAUUCCUGCUGUCUGAGUUUCACAUAAAAAAAAAAUAAAAGGACAUGUGGUUACCGCUUACUAAAAUUUGAGUCAGUAUGUUCUUGUAAAUUCAAUUCUUAUUUUUCCUGGAAAUGUGGUACACCGACAAGACAAUAUCAUUGUUUUUACUCAGAAUGUUUUUGUAAUGGUAAUAGUUGACUGAAAAAAUCUAAAAGAUCUUGAAUGAUGCAAUUAGGUCUCACUUGUUGAGUUUGUUUGAACAUUUCUUGUGAUUGGAAAUUUCUUUUUGUCACUUUUUUUUUAUUGGGUAAAAUUCAAGAUAUGUAACAGUGAAUUCUACCAAUUUCAUUUCUUGGAAAAACCCUAGGAUUAUUCUUGUCUGCAGAAUUGUUCAUGUGAAGUUUGAAACAGUAAUUGCCAUGACAAUUAUUGCCAGCCUAUCACAACUUAUGCGGCCUCGAUCCCAGCUCACUCUUGGAGUUUUUUUCCAGGGAAACAGGUCAUUCUAAAAUAGUCUGCAUUUUACCCCUGGUCUGCAGUCUUCAUUCUGCAUUUUACCCCCAGUUUGCAGUUGUCUGCAGUCUUCGUUUUACACUGGCCACACAGCUGAUGGAUUCAGCUGCUAUGAAUUUUUAUGUAAGAUAAUUGAAUUAAAUCAAUCAACCAAUGAAUUUUAGCUGUUCCCACGGCUCGUGUUUCAUAUCAGAUUGAAAACAACUGUUGUAUCCGCUUAGAACAAGGUCUUCUUGGAUUUUCAAAGCAAAUACAGCUAUUUUAUAUAAGGUUAGAAGCUAAGUAUUCAAUGGCUGUUCUUAUUUCUCUAUAUAGCUAAGCUUAGGUUAAUCAUCUUUAAGCAAAGUUAACAUCUGUGCAAAAAAUUCCCAAAUUUGAUCUACGUGUGCUAUCAACAAUUUUGAUUUUCAAGUUUGUUUUCUAACUAGCAGUUGAGAAGAACUGCUGUUGUUUUAUUUAUCUAAUAAUUUAUUGAGUUAAGUCCAGCGCAAAGUUGUUUGAAAAUUAUUUCAGGUAACAAACAAUGUGUACUUCUACUUUGCGCGUGACUGACGUUUGUAGAACAUGCAAAACAUACAGAAAAAGGAAAAUGAUUGUGAAAGAAUAAAUCUAAAAAAGGAAGACUGGAGAAUUUAAAAAGUAAAUGAAGUUAAUAUGCCAUUACUAAGUUGACUAUUAUUUUUUAUGUUAUUGUUCUGUAAAUUUGGCUUUGACAUGGCAAAGUUUACCUGGCUAUUCACAACAGAAUACCUGCUGGAGCUCUGGCAGAUGCUGGGUCUUAUUGAAAGCACUGUAUAAUUAUAGUUGAACCCCACUAACUGAUUCAGUCAACUUAACUUGAAUCCCCCUCUAACUUGAACCCAGUCAAAUGAAAUCCCACACUGACUCUAACCCAGUUAACUCAAAUCCCUAUCUAAUUUAAACAAGAUUGGAUUUCCCUUUGGUUUCACCCCAUUUCUCCAGUCAUUUACCUUUAGCUAAGAGGAACUCCAUUAAAUUGCACUCUCUGUUAACUUGUUUUAGUUUUACUUUCCCCCAGCUCAAAUUUACCUUGACAAUUUGAACUUUUAAAAACAUCAGUUCAAAAGGGUCAAAGGGUUAAGCAUCACUGAUUGACAUGUUCCAUUCUUUAUUUGCAACUGAUACAAAGGCAAUAACACUUUUUCAGAUAGUAAUACAUUUAGCUUAAGUAUCCAAACAGAACAUUUUUCUUAGAAAACAAACUUGACGUAUCAAAAUUACUUUUGUGUGUGUGAGAUUGGUUAAAAAAAUGAUUCCUUAUAUAUUGUUAACAGAAUGAUCGAAAUUCAACACUGAUUCCAAUAACUUGAACCUCCACUAACUUUUGUUCUUGAAAUCCUUAACUCCUUGUUUUGCUAUUGAAGGGGAAACAGGACAUUUCAUUUCUGGUUCAGCAGAUAACAGCUUGAGAUUUUGGGAUUGUGAAACUGCCACAACAUUAUCCAAAUAUGAAACAAAAACUGCCGUGAGGGCAUGUGGCUUCUCCUAUUGUGGUCAGAAGAUUAUGAUGACAACAGACAGACAGAUGGGUCAUGAUUGUAUCCUUAUGUUGUAUGAUAUUAGAGAAGGUGCGUAGAGUAUCAGCUAAAUGAAUUACAGUAUGUCCUUGAUUUAAAAUUCCUGUAAUAUUUACAUGUAUGCUUGUUUGUUUGCAAAUUUUUACUUUAUUUUAGGCAAAGGGAUCUUUGUUUCCUUAUCUGAAAAAUUGUGCGUAGAGUGACCUCUAACAAGGACUCAUAACAUUAUUUUCCUAUUAAAUUUUACAUUUCCUCAUGAAUUGUAUUCUUAACUAUUCAACAUGCAUCAAAAAAGAGAAAACAAAAAACCAUAGACUCAUGUCAACAGAAAGGAAUUCACUUAAUAAACAACAUUGCACAAAGGAUUGAUAGCAAAAUUUAAACAACCCCAAUAUUUCUUCUCAUUGAUUGGGUCAUAGAGGUAGUUUUUAGACAUCUCUGCUGGGUACAAGUUCCUUUUGCAGUAAAGGUGAGGAAAACAUGUGAAAAGGGUGGGAGAAACAAAUUAAAAAGGUGGGAGAAAUGUGAAAAGGGUGAGAGAAACGUGGAAAGGGUGAGAGAAACAUGUGAAAAAGGUGGGAGAAACAUGUGAAAAGGGUGAGAGAAACAUGUGAAAAAGGUGAGAGAAACAUGUGAAAAGGGUGAGAGGAACAUGUGAAAAGGGUGAGAGAAACAUGUGAAAAGGGUGAGAGAAACAUGUCAAAAGGGUGAGAGAAACAUGUGAAAAAGGUGAGAGAAACAUGUGAAAAGGGUGAGAGAAACAUGUGAAAAGGGUGAGAAACAUGUGAAAAAGGUGAGAGAAACAUGUGAAAAGGGUGAGAAACAUGUGAAAAGGGUGAGAGAAACAUGUGAAAAAGGUGAGAGAAACAUGUGAAAAGGGUGAGAGAAACAUGUUGAAAGGGUUGGAGAAACAUGUGAACUGGGUGGGAGAAACAUGUGAAAAGGGUGAGAGAAACAUGUGAAAAGGGUGAGAGAAACAUGUGAAAAGGGUGAGAGAAACAUGUUGAAAGGGUUGGAGAAACAUGUGAACUGGGUGGGAAUGAUAGAGGCUUAGCAAGCCAGACAAGACUGUUACAUUUAAGUUAUGUUCUAUUGAGGUGUGAACCCUAUAACUCCCAAGAUCUGAAUGUUAAUUCUCGCCUUUAGCAUCUACGCAUUUCCUUGUAAAUUAGUUAUGAGAAUUUGGUGUUAGAUCAAAAUCACACCUUACUUGAUAGGUUUGAUUAUUUUAAUUACAUAAUAUUAUCUGCUGGGUUAUGUAUGGAUAUUGUUAGGGGAGAAGUCAGAUGUUAAUCUCUUGUGGGAAUUAAAGGUUAAGAGUAGGUAAUGGAUCUUAGUGACUGCAUGUCAUUUUGCACAGGAUUACGGUAUCAAAACUAAUUGCGUUGUAAGCUUUUGCAUGGACACUCUUUUCCAUUCGUUUUUGCAAAAAGGUUCCAAGGACCCAGUUCUUAGUGUACCAGUGGAUGGGCCUAAGGUAACUGCAGCCCUUUGGGGUCCAUUGGACCAAUACAUUAUCACAGGCCAUGAAAAUGGUGACCUUUGCCAGUGGGAUACAAAGGUGAGAGAAUAAUAUGUUAAUCUCAGUGCUUUCAAUGAGAAUUGAAGUAGGUAGCACUCUUGUUAACCCAUUAGUUCCAUUCAGAAUACACUUGCUUCAAACAGAGUUUUCUGCGUUGAACUUAGAGGAUGAUUAUGAAAUAUUAGUCUCCUUUGAAACAAUUGUUUAACUGAUCGUCUAUUUUUAACCAAAAUCUUUCAUCUGCUAACAUGCAAACUUCACACAAAGAAGUCCUCUAGAUGGAUAUAAUUAUGGUUGAUGGUGACCCAAAUUUGAGUCAGUAUGUUGUUGUAUUCUCAAAAUUUUAUUUUGCUGGAAAUAUGGUGCAAGGCAAAAUAUAUUUUUUUAAAUUAAAACUUAUUUAUCAUGGUAAAAGUCGCCUGAAAGAAAUCUAAAAGAUCUUGAAUGAUGUGUUUUACUUACUUUUAGCAUAAAAGAAUUCACAGAAAGAUCCUUGGUUAUCAUCCAACAUUGCACAGUACUAAACACUUUCCACUGGCCCUGUACAAAAAAGAUACAAGAUAAUAUCCAGUGUGCAUCAAAUCUCUGUAUGCACAUGUUUUCAAAGGUUGAUGCUACGAUCCAAACUUUUCUUCACCUGGCUAAGCCAGAUUCUACUGUUUUCCAUUCGUACAUCUUUUUUUGACUCAUUAUUUCCUAAAGUAUUUGCAUUGUAACGCCAUGAUCUUUGUUUACAGAGUUUUCUUUUGAUGCAAUUGGAAACAAACCUCUCGGUCACCUGCCUUAAAAUGCUAAAUGCAUUUUCUGUGAUUGCAAGUUUUUUUGUGUGUUUUUGUUUGUUUUGUUUUUUUCCUUACUGGGUGAAAUAUGUAGCUGUGAAUUUUAUCAGUUUUAUUUAGUGGAAAAAACCCCAGUAUUAUUCUUGUCUGCAGAAGUGAUGCAUUACUGAUGGAUUAAAUAAGAUAAUGUUUACAUAAGAUAAUUUAAUUAAAUCAAGUGAAAAAUCAUAGAGCCGCUAAUUGCUUCACAAAAAGUCAUGAAAAGUCAUCACUUACUUAUGUUCUGGCCAGUAACAAUGAGAACAAGGUCUUCUUUGCUUUUCACAGCAAAUGCAGCUUUUUUAUAGUUGUUCUUUGUUUAUCAAAAAAAAAAUCUAUGUUAGCGUGUAGAGUGGUCUGUUGCUCGCACUAAUUAGAUUGCCGCAUAAUGGUUUGUAUCUCGGACCAAUCAGAUUGUUACAUUAGGGUAUAUAUCUCCCACCAAUCAUAUCACAGCACUGGGAUAUCUUGCACCAAUCACAGUAUUUGGGUAUUGUUUUCUUGUAAAUGAUGUCAUUGAAUCAGGGGGCUGUGCACAAAGAAUGACAUUAAAAAGAAAUUUUGGGCCCAUCUGAUAAGUGUAAUGGUUACUCCCUUUUGCAACCAUUAUUUGGUCUCGUCCCGCAACGCACUCUCUCUCCAACGGGGAAUAGAUGGCGAUGCGUGACGAGACCAAACAAUGGCUACGAAGGAGACAACAGUAGGUGUGGCACCAAUGCAUUUUAUUUUUGUUCAGAAGUAUUGAGAAAAUAGAGACAACAAACCCCAAAAUACACGUGUGAGUUCAGAUGAAUCAAUUUCUUUUUUUUUAUUAUUUCUCCUUAGGAAAAGAAAUAUGAUAUUUUCAUCCAUUUGAAAUUUAUGCUCUUUUUCUGUUUCAAAAAUGAGAACAUUAGGUUCACAACGUGUCCCAUAUAAACCUGCCCAGACAAAAAAAAAAACUCUUGCAUGCUACUUAUGUGUUAAAUGAAAUGCAAAGUGUUCAAUGGCUUUUUUCAUUUCUCUCUUCAAAGCUAAGCCCUGGUUAUGCGUCAUGCGAUUUUAAGUAUGCCAUUUUAACAAUUUUGAUUUUCAAGUUUGUUUUCUAACCAGCAGUUGAGAAGAACUGUUUUUUUUUAAAAUUUUUUUUUAUUUUUUAUUUUUAUUUUUUUUUUUAAUCUAAAAGUAUUUAAUCAGAAAAAGAAAAUUUAACAAAAAAAGACCACAAAAUUAACCCUUUUUAGUAUUUUCCCUUGAAAAAUUUUUUUAAAAGGCCCUGCUUAUUUCUAAACACAUUUAUGAUAACCUGUGUAUUUGUGACUCCUAAGGUUACCACUUUGAACCCACAUCCUCAUAAAAACUCCUAUGAUUCCUGCUUUAUGCUCCAGUGGUAUGACAACCAGUUUGGUAACCCCCCAUUUUUCAUACCUGGAUAGCAAUUAGCAUAUCAAGAUAUGUAUUUAAGCAGGGUUUUGGAAAAAUAUUUAGUACAUUGUGGGAGCCAUCAUAAAUUAUGAACAAUUUCUUUUUUGGACUGUUCACACAUAAUUUUUCAAGACUCUUCUGGAGGAUGAAUCUUGAUCAACUUAUUCGUAAUAUUAUAGGUGUUUCUGAUGCUGUAGUGUUGAUAUAUGAAUGAGUGAGUGACUUUAAAAUAAAAACCAUGAAAGUAACCUCAACAUGGUCCAAAUAAUUGAGCAUUCUUUGACACCACUUUCAAGAAAACAAAUCAACGUUUGGAUGCUACUAUCUAUUAAAGGAUCUAUGUUGUAACUUUAUAAACCAUUUUGAGUCACCUUUAUUGGGUUUGCUCACCUACGAAGGUGAAAAGGUCUGUUUGUUACAUCCCAGUGCUAAGUCCCACUCUAACUCCCAUUGUUUUUUUUGUGGGAUCAUACCAUAUCCAUGUGCAGUUUUUAAAAGGAAGCAGCAGUAUUUACUCACUGAUCUUUUUAUUUUCAGACGGGAAAUAAAUUGUUAACUGUUCAUGAACAUACCAAACAAAUCAAUGAUAUACAGAUGUACAAAGAUCAAACCAUGUUUGUUACAGCUUCAAAAGAUCACACAGCCAAGGUAUAGGUGCAAAUUGUACUCUUCUUUUUGUUUUUUUUUUCCUUUUUUUAUGGAAUGAAAAAAAAUCAUUGAAUUUACAACAUCGCCUCAGGCCUGCUUUAGAUUUCACAGAGGUAAGGUAAGGGAAGUGUUUAAAAUAAUAUUGAUAUGUUUUAACAAUUCGAAGGAGGCUAGUCUUUGUUUGACAUUAUUACUGAUAAAACCAAAAGUUGCAUAUGGCACAACAAUCGGGCUACAGUGUAUAUGUAUUUUUAAUUACUCCGAAUAUUUACUUAUCCAUUCCCCAUUUUGUUCCCUUGGUUAACUGUUAGUUAAUGCUGAAGUUUUUCCUAUACAUCUCUGAACUUUUUCCUGCCUUCGUUUUAUAGCUUUUUGACACAGAUUCACUGCGACACAUGAAUACGUACAAGACAGAGAGACCAGUAAAUUCUGCCUCGCUUUCCCCUAUUAGAGAACACGUAAGUCCUUUUUUUUUUUCUUUGAAUUUGUGAAGGCCUAAGUUAUGAGAAAGGUCUUCAAUUUCAGCUUUUCGCUGCCACAUUGGUAAGUUAACUUAGAUGUUUCACUCAGUUUCUUUGCACCAAAAAGUUCCAGAACACCUUGUAAACGUGAGAGGUACAGAACGGGGUACAAUGUAUGAAAACAUUCCUUGAUACAUGUAUAUGGUAUUUGCUCUACUACAUAGAAGUAACUUUCUUAACGUGCCAAAAAUGCAGCUUAGCCAUGCAUAAGAUCGCUGGGCAUGUGCUAUCGUUGUUGAUCAAUGCUAUCGGUGUGCUUUAGCACCAACCGUUUCUGAGUUGUGGAGAAAUUGAAAUUCAAAUGUAUUUAACCUUUUCACUUUUCUUUUGCGCCAUGAAAACGGAAUUCAAACUCUCUUUUGCAACAAAAUUUCUCUUUCGCCAUUGAAAAAGAAAGAAUGAUCAUCAAUUUUUAACACUGGGUAAACGAUCAAGUGGAUGAAAUCCACAUCAGUACAUAGCAAGGUACUCCUGAGGUAAAUCCGAGGGUUCUGAUUGGUUGUUACUCGGUCCGUAUAUGUAUAAGCCGUGUAUCUUUGGUCGCGAAAGCUGGAAAAUUCAAAAUAAACAGGUUUGGUCCGAGUGCCAUAUAAUAUACUUCCUAAGCUCGCUUGCCUGGGCCGCACUGGACAAUAUUGGCCCUUGGCCGCACUGUGCUCUGUCCGUACUGCCACGACUCGGGCCAAAUUCUCCAGUACAGCCCUCAUGCUCGGGUAAUAAGAAAUUCAUAUUGGACCGUCUAGACAGAAUUCUUAAGUUAGUUUUGGCGGUCAGUGUGAUGACGUGUUAACUUUUUAGUUUUGGGAAGAACCAAUCUGUUUGUAAGAGUUUAAGCGUUGUACAAAACGCGUAGAAUAUUAAUCUUCUCUUCAACGGUGCUCUACCUUAAGUCGCUUCAACUCUCAAUACGCUCUCCGUGUGUUGCAAUUCGCUGACAAGUUUUUGGAGGGCUCGUACGUCAAAGUGAAAGGCUGUUUGUCACAUGGUUUGGUUUAACAAGAAGAAUUAUUUUUUAGCAGCAAGAAUAACAAACCCUCGGCCCUAGUUCAAUCCCUUCUCUAGAAUUGUUUUUAUUCCGGUUUAACGAAGGCAUGAUCGAUAGACCUGUUUCAAUGGAAUAAUUUCACAGCUGAGAGGCUCAUCGACUAUUUAAUCCAACAUGUGUUUGUCUUUCUUAACUUCCCUUCGCUUGUUACUGUUACGAAAAUGAAAUAGCAAUCAUCCGAAAGUAAGUGUUUGGUUUUUUUCCGGAGUGUGACCUAAAGAGUCCCUGAUUACCCUGUUUACCACUCGAGAACAAGAAAACAAAAGUUUGGCAUUUUGUUUGAUUAGCGCCUGUGUUUCCCUCGUAUCUCUUCAUUAAUUACUUACGCAUUUUGCCAUCAGGAAGAAGGGAUUGCUUAAGCGUGCAAACUUCUAAAGUAGCGGAAGGAUACACGCCAACUCUACUGUAUUGAAACACACCUCUCAAAAGGUAUCAAACCCUUAUUGCAUAGUUGUACCCGAAAAACGUGUGACUAUUCCUGUGUGUCGUAGGUGGUACUAGGAGGCGGCCAAGAGGCCAUGGAUGUGACCACAACUUCAACGAGAGUUGGUAAAUUUGAUGCAAGGUUCUUUCACACGGUUUUUGAAGAGGAAAUUGGUAGAGUGAAAGGUCAUUUUGGUCCCAUUAACAGCACCGCUUUUCAUCCAGACGGAAAAAGGUAAAUACAGCAAUAAUUUCAUUCUAUUGAAGUGCGUAUGACACGAAACAUUUUUUUGCAUUUUCUGGUUGAUAGCUAUAUUUAAAAUGAUAAAUAAUCGACCGUAGCGCCCAGCGAGUUCUCCUUGACCAUUUUUUUGUAAAUUGAAAGUACGAUCUGGCGGCCAAAAAAUGUCUCCAUUAAGCGCGCGGCCAAUACGAUCAUGUUACAUUGCUGUGACGUAGAAAACUGUGAAGACACGUCAGCAAUUAUGGUGGAGAAAGGAGAAAUCUAGAAGAGAAGAUGAACGUAUUGUGUGGCCGGAGCGCCAGAUGAUGUUGGCUACAAGAAUAAUACACAUAUACCGGGUAUUUCUGUACACUACUUUCCAAAGGAUGUAGCAGAAUGGCCAAAAUGGACGCGUCUCGAUCGUCGAUAUCGGGGAAAUUUUACCCUUCAAUAUCGUCUUAUCAUGCUCCGUACCGGCUUCGAAGACGCGUGUUACGAACACGUACCACUAGUCAAAUCAGGGGAAGAUAACCUAAGAAUUCAGCCUAAAGGAAUGCUGAUUAAGGGGCCUGUUUCCACACCGUAGACAAUUGUUCAACAUUCUUUUUCGGCUGACAUUUCGCUGGCGAAGAAUGGUGAGCCUCUUAUUCUUGUUUAUUUCACACACUUGAGAUGUAUUCAUUCUCCUUGUCUGCGCACAUGACUACAUUUGCGCUUUUCUUAUUGUAUGAAAAUCCUACCAAUUGUGGUUUCCAUCGUAUUUUAAUAACAAAAAUACAUCAUUUGUGAUGAAGUUCAAGUCUUUCCCGAGCUUUCCAGACAGAUACACUGUUGCGUGAACAGUACGAAACUUCUGGCGGAUACUAGCAUAAACACAAGCUCGAAGGGGCUGUAUAUUCUCCUAAGACCUACCCCCUUCCCUCAAAAAACUAAGGGCCUGUUUACAUGGAGGUGGGGGACCUCCAUGUAAACCGCCUGUCCAUAUAAUUUCUUAUUUUAUUUUGAUCACGUUUACAUGAUAGGUGGGGUGACCUGCCUAGGCCAACACCGGUCUGCUAGGUAGGGUAACCCUGUCAGGCGGGGUGACAAUUUGCCACGUAAACGUGUCAAGGUGUGGUAACCCGCUUAGCCGAGGUCGCGUUCAUGGAAAAAAGCUAAAAAGCGAAACAUGUAUGUCUUAAAACUUUAUACAUUUCCUAGCCGUCUCACGGCAGAAAUCACCAGAAACCGCAACGGACAUACAAGGCAUGUAAAAUGUUCACAUUUCAGAAUAUUUAGCGUUGUAAAUAGACCAUAUUUGGUUUUCCAAACAAUUCCGUAUAACGUAUUAAGUUAACGGUCCCUCGCGAAACCAAAUACCGCGUAACGCAACGAGUGACGCUUUUAUGAAUAAAUACAUAUGUGUCCGAGAAUUAAUCUUUCGUCUUUCUCGAGAUGUGAGCUUGGGACGCCUUUGCUCAAACUCCUUAACUGCAAGCGCAACAACAACCUCAAGAAACCUCACCCCAGCACCCCGGGGUCGUAAGAUUGUAUGUAAACGCGUUUUAUUUUUCGACCACGGUUAGGCGGGUUACCUCACCUACCUGGGGUCCCCCACCUCCAUGUAAACAGGCCUUAAAAGUAGUAACAACAGCAAUGUCAUUGAGAUAACAGCACUGAAACGAGGUAAAUAAAGAAACACAAAUUUUAUUGAAUUAGAAGGUCGCGAAUCCAAGUGCCGUGUGAAAAUCGAAUCAUACGAAAUAAUCAUUUACAUGUCAGUUAUUUCCUUUGAGCGUAAUGGGUCUUAUGGCAAUGCUUCACUUAAACUAAAAAAGGUUUUCUGUGUUAAAAUCCCUAUGGUGAUGUUAGUUAUUUCCUUUGGGCGGAAUGGGUCUUAUAGCAAUGCUGCACUUGAACUAAAAACGUUUUUCUUUAUUAAAAUCCCUAUUUGAGAUUAAUUUGAAUCAGAGGACUAUAAACUCGCUCGUUUUCCGUUCGGUUUGGCCUGCUCGACGAUCGCGACGACAGCCUCUGCUUUCGUAGUCUCUGAGGAAAGGAGCAACUUGCAGUGAAACUGCCCGAUGACUUCUCGGUGAAAAAUCAUCGUGCCUCGUGAUACAGCUGAUUCUUUCGUCAAAAGCUAGCAUUUGGUUUACGAAGGGAAUUACUCUACAGCAACGAAACUCUAGAGCACUGACCCAGGAGAACCUUCGCCGCACAUAGUGCAAAGGAAUAAAAUGUUACGGCAACAGAAACGAACGCAGCUACCCAUUCUUAACAUUGAUUUCGCCAUAGCAAACAAAACAAACGCAACAAACUAAAUAUUCAGUAACGGGAAUUUAUUUAUUUAAUCUUGACCUGGACACCGCAGGCGAGAAACCGUCCUUCUCAGUCUUCGUCGGAAUCUUCAUUUGAUGCGCGCGGUUCUCCUUCGUAGGGCUGAACCGUACUCGCAACUUCCAUUUCUUCUCUGUCACUUGAGUAUGAUGUAUCUCAACUCUUGGUGGAGCUUGCUGAAGGUUGGUACACAUCGCUAUCGGACAUUAUUGCAAGAGAAUUUCAACGCAGACUGAUUCAAAAUUACAAGAGAUGUGAGAGAUUUGUAAGCGUCAAUUGAGAGUUUUCACAGUUUUCUACAUCAUCACCCGCUGAUUGGUUACCAGUCCACGGUAACUUUUAAGAUAAAAUAAGAACACUAUAGAGCCCGAAAAAACCGAGUUUUAAGUGUUUUGAAUUUUUUUUUCUAUCGGAAUUGGUUUGAACAUCUGAUACGCUAAAUACUUACGCAAAAAAAAAAAAAUUCGUGUCAUAGGCACUUUAAGUUUGUUGUUAUUUGUGCCUGUGUUGAUGAAAUUCUAGUCUUUUCCACCACUUGAAUACAUAAUUGCUGUCACUCCUAUGACUAUGUAAUGCUAUCUUUCGCAACAAUCAUAUUUAUAUGUUACUCGACCGGAAAAAACACUAAAGCCUGGGCAAGUAAUACUUGAUGAAAUAAAUGCCAGCAAAGCGUUAUAAUGUGUUCGUCUUUUGGAUCACAUACUAAUUGUAUAUGUGCACCAUCCACAUCAGAAGCGCAUAAAUUUCCCCACUUUGUUGAUAAAAAAGCUGAGGUUUAUAUGACGAGCAAGUAAAACCUAGUUCCAUUUGUGCCGGCCAAAUAUGGAAUCCUAUUGUUGAAAGUUUGAGCAGUAUUUUGGGUAAGAAAAGCUUGCAGAGGCUUUCAAAAGUUGGGACUUUUACAUGCGCCAGUAAGUGCAGGAUAAGUCAGGUCAAUUUCAUUUCUCUCGUGUGGAAGAAACUAGUAGAACAUUUUUUGCAAACUUUGAGUCAACGUUCAACGCACUGACGCAACAAUGACGCAAUCAACACGAUUCAAGCGCACUGUGCUCUCCCGCUAAAUUUAAGAGCGGAGGUUGACUCAAAGUUUGCACAAAAUGUUCUACUAGUUUCUUCCACACGAGAGAAAUGAAAUUGACCUGACUUAUCCUGCACUUCCUGGCGCAUGUAAAAGUCCCAACUUUUGAAAGCAUCUGCAAGCUUUUCUUACCCAAAAUAUUGCUCAAACUUACAACAAGAACAUUUCGAAUUGACCGUCCAGGUUACAAUCAACAAUGCAAGAAAGUGAAAAAAAUGCGUACGAUAAACCCGCAGAUUAUCUCGAGUUUUCUGUUUGGGAGUUGUUCAAAGAUAUGCAAAGUUAUAGAGCUCAACUGAGGUCAACGAUAUUUUCAGAAUUGAUUUGCUUUCUAUAGUUUGAAAUGAUAUUAUACGCUGAGUCAAAGUAAAUGUGUCACUACAGGCUCCGUUUAAAUUAACUCUCGCAGAGAGUGAUAUUGAGAGGGACUGUUGAAUGACGUUUUGACAACUUUAGCGGAAAUCAUCAUCAGAGUCAAGUAAUGAGACUCAUAAAAUUUGUAUUAGGAAGAUUUUUUGAUUGGCUAGUCUCACGGUGUAUUGAAACCCAGUUCUGCGACAAAACUAACUGCUUUUAUGGUAUUUACAUGUACAUCCUGUGGAAUGAGGAGAGAAAUUUUGAACUCGUGUAAGUAUUUGUCAGUUGGGAGGAGGGAGAUUAUUAUGCCGAUAGGUUGCCCAGGAGGCUGAUAAAACUGUGGCUUGUUGUUUAGCGCAUACGUUAUCUUUGAUGUUUUACUUGCUUGUUAUUGAAAUGUUCCCUCCAUUUGCAGUUACAGCAGUGGCGGCGAAGAUGGUUAUGUGCGAGUCCACGUUUUUGAUCCUUCGUAUUUUGAAGUGGAAUUUGAAUAUUAG